AUGACUUUCCGUCUGUUCAAGCCGUUUAGUAGUAUACCUGAGCCAAAAAGAUGGCCUCUACUGGGCCACACGCAUUUGUUCAUUCCGAAAAUCGGUCCUUAUGACUCUCAACGUCUGACGGAAGCUAUGGGUGACAUAGAACGUAUGUUGGGCCCAGUGUUUAAACUGAUAUUGGGUGGCAAGACAAUGAUUGUCACCACAAGAGUGGAAGACGCCAAAACAUUGUUUGCCCAUGAAGGCAAGCAUCCGGCAAGACCCAUAUUUCCGGCUUUAAACCUACUCAGAAAAAAACCAUUUGGCACUGGAGGAUUAGUAUCUGAAAAUGGUGUCGAAUGGCAUAGACUAAGAAGAGCUAUUGCUCCUUUAAUGUCAAAAAAUAUUUAUGAAAGUUACAUUCCUCAGCAUAAAGAAGCAGCAGUGGAUUUCAUUGAUUAUAUAAAAUUGAACAGAAAUAAAGAUAAAUGUUUGAAAGACAUUUUUUACCACUUAACUAAAUUUUCUGUUGAGGCAAUUUCUAUAGUCUCUCCUGGCUUAAGAAUAAAAUGCUUAAAUACUGCCAUGUCCGAAUGUUUUGUAGAAGCAGGAAAUAAAUUCAUGGAUGGAUUGUACAACACCCUAAAAGAACCACCUAUAUGGGAAUUUUAUAAGACAAAUGCCUAUAGAAAUCUAGAAAGCUCACAUUCCACAUGUAAAAAUUUUGUUGACGAAUUCCUGAAACAGACUCAUGAACACAAUGCUCUAGUUAAUGCUAUAAAUACAAAUUCCAAUUUAUCAAAUACUGAUAUAAACUUACUUGUGCUAGAAAUAUUUUUUGGCGGGAUUGAUGCUACUGCUACCACAUUGGCAAUGACAUUGUAUUAUAUUUCUCAAGAUGAAAGCGUGCAAAAGGCUUGUGAGGAGGAUGUCUUACAAGGUACAAAUGCUUACAUAAAGGCUUGCAUAAAAGAAACGCUAAGGCUGUCCCCUACUGCAGGUGCAAAUGCCAGAUAUCUUCCAAAAACCACUGUCAUUGGUGGCUACGAAAUUCCAGCAAAUACAUUAGUGAUGGCAUUCAAUUCUUUAACAUCAACAAAAGAAAAAUACUUUAACGCUCCAUUAGAGUAUCAGCCCAGUCGAUGGUUAAGAAAUUCUAACAUCCAAAAGUUUGAUCCGUAUGCUUCAUUACCUUUUGGACAUGGGCCUAGAAUGUGUCCAGGGAGACAUGUCGCCAUGCAGGAAAUGACAAUACUCCUGUCUGAAUUAAUUAAGAAUUUCAAAAUCAGUAUGCCAGCUGAACAUGCAAAAAAUAUUGGCAUGAUCUAUCGCAUGAACAGAAUACCAGACAGUCGCAUAGAUUUAAUAUUCAACAAUAAAUAA